UUUACAAACCGUGAUUCGAUGCCGCGUCUUCGCCGAUAUGGAAAUGAAAUCAAGAGUGAAUCAUCUUCUUCACACCAUUUCACUGAAUCAUCUUCUCUCACCUUCAAAUCCGAACCAGACCUCCAAUGGCGGCUUUACACUCUUAUUUGUCCCGUUUCUUCUCCGAUUUCCCAUUUCGGAUUACGAAUUACUCUGAAGCAGACCUACUCAUGUUCUUCGUCUUCUUCACCUUCUCCGCCCUCGGUUUCUCUCUUUAUCUUCGUAAAAGGUUGCGGACGAUCAGUAAGGCGAACGAGCCUGAGAGAAUCGAUAUCGAUCAGACCUGUUUGGUUCAUUCGCUUCUAUUCGAGAGAUUACCGCCGGAUUCUCCGAAAUGGACGAGUUUCUUUGUUGAACAGGGCCAGGAUGACCUCGAUUUGAACAAGGAAUUUGGAGAGUCUGGUCAGGAGGAGCAAGGGGGGAAGAGGAAGAAGAAGAGGGCAAAGAAGAAGAGGGCGAACCUGCUGCACGGCGGAGAUGAGCCGGAAUUGACUUUGUUGUAUCCAUUUACAUCGUCUACUAGUGUGAUUCAGAGGAAGAUUAAACGGCAGUAUGAUGAACUUAUGAAGUGUCAGGAAUCAAAGGAGUUAACGUUGGCUCAGGUCACACAAUUUGCCAACUGCUUAAUCAACGCUAGAAGCAAGCUGCAGCACAAAGCUGAUGUUAUCCGCCGAAAGUUCACCAUAACGAAAGCUCUGCUUUAUAAGGCAGAUCGAUCCUCCCUCGAUCGGCUUCAACAGCAGAUAUACAAGUUAGAAUUGGAACAGAAAAGACUGGAGGAGGAUACCUUUGUUUUUAACUGGCUUCAACAACAGCUUAAACUCUCUCCAGCAUACAAAAAGAUGCUGGAAAUUGGUAGCUGCACGGAGUUAAUGGAAAAAUCUGAGAACUCGACAGAAAAGAUCGAUCUCGAGUCUACCGACAUAUCGUUUGAAGAACUAUUAGCGCAGGAAAAAAAGGAUUCAUUUUGGCAGAGGAAUGGGAAACUGAGAUCAUGCUCAAGCUGAUACAAGUGGUGAGCUUCCUCUUCUCUAAUCUCUUCCUGUAACAAAAGAACAGAUUUGCAGCAUGUAAAUCCAAAAAGAAGAACACUUUUUUUUUUCUUUAACCUAGAAGGCAUUUUGUUA